AACACUUGAAGUAAUUCGAAUAAAAAACAUUAAAAUACUUUAAUCUAAUACUACGAAUCAAAAAAAAAAAAAAUCUUUAACAAAAUGUUCAAAUUUGUUGUCUUGGUCUUCGCUGCUCUCUUCGCCAUUGCUGCUGCGCGCCCUGGCUACUUGGCAUCUUCACCAGUGGUUUUGUCCGGACACUCUCACUAUGCACAGCAUGCCCAUUACUCAGCUCCAGUGGUCAAAACUGUUGUAGCCCCUGUUGUUCACGCAGCUCCUGUAGUCCAUACCCAAGUUGUCAAGAGCGUUGUCCACUCUGCUCCUUUAGUACACUCUACUCCUUUAGUGCACUCCGCUCCUUUGGUACACUCUGCUCCUUUGGUACACUCUGCUCCUUUGGUACACUCUGCUCCUUCGCUGCACUCCGCUACCUUGGUUCACUCUGCUCCUUUGGUGCACUCCGCUCCAUUGGUUCACUCUGCUCCCUUGGUCCAUUCUCAUUCCUUGUACCACUCUUACGGCGCUGCUCCAGUCAAGACCUACGCCCCUGCUUAUGCUCCAUUCAAAAACUAAUUUACUUUACGAAUACAAAUUUUAAAAUGAACUGAUUGUUAAAUUAAUAUAUAAUUUAGUAAAUAUAUAUGUUAUUUGUUAAUAAAAAUUUAUAACGAAAA